AUGAAACAAACAGAGAUGGCCAGUUUUUCUCGUGAAGAAGACAACAGCCAUUACCAAGACGCAGAGAGUGAAAAUUUCCUCCCAGAAAAAAACCCAGGCAACAAGAAGUAUGAGACAGAAUAUCACCAAGGCAACGCCUCCUUUGGCAUGUCCGUCUUCAACCUGGGCAACGCCAUCAUGGGCAGUGGCAUUUUGGGCCUGUCGUACGCCAUGGCCAACACUGGCAUUGCUCUAUUUGUGAUCCUACUGGUGGCCGUCGCCAUUUUCUCUUUAUAUUCCGUGCAUUUGCUGCUAAAGACGGCAAACGAAGGAGGCGCGCUGGUGUACGAGCAACUGGGCUACAAAGCUUUUGGGAUGCCCGGGAAACUAGCCGCUUCCUGCUCCAUCACCAUGCAGAACAUCGGAGCCAUGUCAAGCUACCUCUACAUUGUCAAGUAUGAGCUACCCAUCGUCAUUCAGGCUUUAACUGGAGAAAGUGGUGAAUGGUACACGAACGGAGACUACCUUGUGUUGCUCGUGUCACUGGUCAUUAUUCUGCCGCUCUCGCUGCUCAGGAAUUUAGGUUACCUUGGAUACACCAGUGGCCUGUCUCUUCUUUGCAUGGUGUUCUUCCUGAUUGUGGUGAUCAUUAAGAAGUUCCAGAUUCCAUGCCCGCUUUCUGAUCAUAUCGACGCUGGAAAUGAGACAUUUAGUAAAAUUUCAAAUGCUACAGUAUCACCACCCAAUGCCACAGCUGAGGACUACAACGACGCCUGCACACCCAAAUAUUUUGUCUUUAACUCUCAGACUGUUUACGCUGUUCCUAUCCUGACCUUCGCCUUUGUGUGCCACCCAGCUAUCCUGCCCAUGUAUGAGGAGCUCAAAAACCGUUCCCAGAGAAGAAUGCAAGGAGUUGCCAACGUGUCCUUCCUCGCCAUGUUCGUCAUGUACCUCCUGGCGGCCCUCUUCGGAUACCUGACCUUCAACGUGCAUGUGGAGCCCGAGCUACUGCACACCUACUCCAAAGUCUACAAGGCCGACAUAAUCCUGCUGAUUGUCCGCUUGGCUGUGCUCACGGCAGUCACCCUGACUGUGCCUGUAGUGCUUUUCCCUAUCCGCACUUCAAUCAAUCAGUUCCUGUGCGCCUCAAAAUUCAGCUGGAUUCGCCACACCAUCAUCACGGUGGCACUGCUGGCCGGCACCAACAUCCUGGUCAUCUUCGUACCAACCAUUAGAGACAUUUUUGGCUUUAUUGGUGCAUCUGCCGCCGCCAUGCUCAUCUUCAUCCUUCCUUCAGCUUUCUACAUCAAAUUAGUGAAGAAGGAGUCAAUGAAAUCCGUGCAAAAGAUCGGGGCUACUCUCUUCCUACUGUGCGGCUUCGUGGUCAUGAUCGGCAGCAUGAGCCUCAUCAUCCUCGACUGGGUCCACAAUGCCACCGAGGGACAUUCCGACGGACACUAA